AUGGACGAUUCCUUCCGGGGAAAAUUUAAUAUGAGUAUUAGUAAUAAUAAAAAGGAACGAAAAGAAAUUUCAUUGGUAUUGGCUGAAGAUGAUCAAGACAAUGAAAGAAAGGUAAGAUGGUCAGAUAUUGCAAUGGGUCCUUCAAAAACACCCCCAAAAAAAUUUUGUGUCAUAUGCGGUUUUGUGGGAAAAUAUAAAUGUUACAAAUGCUUUAAAUGCAGACCAAACUCGAUCGUAAGAUAUGUUUGCUCUCAAAAGUGUGACAUGAUACACAAAGAAAUUGAUUGUUGUAAGCCCAAAAAUAUUUUUAUUUGGUAG